GAGAGCAAUUUGUGUUUUUCUCUGUAGGGAUGGCUCAAGUGCAUCCUCAGGCAUCUUGCUUUCCUCCAAGAGCUUUAGUAAAUGAAAAAUUCUGUCUCAAUUCAAGAACCAUAUUCACAGUAUGGAGAAAAUCUCUGGUCUUCAAUGGCAAUGGCUUUACUGUGUAUGAUUCAUUUGGAAACCUCGUUUUUAGGGUUGAUAACUAUGCAUCUAAUGCUGAUAAAGAAAUGGCUCUUAUGGAUCAUAUAGGAAAUGUACUCAUUACAAUGCGUCGUAAGACAAUGAGUAUUCAGAAUAGAUGGGAAGCGUUCAGGGGAAACCCAAAAGAAUGUAAGGAGCCCAUUUUUACAGUUACCAAAUCGUCUCCCUUCUCUAACAAAACCACAGCAAAAGUGACUGUAAACAACAAUGGGCAAAGUUAUAGAGGUUGCAAUUUUCAGAUCGAUGGGUCAUUGCAGAAGGCAUCAUGCACAAUUUCUAACGCCAAUGGGGACAUUGUUGCACAGGUAAAGAGAAAGGAAGCCAGAUCGGAUAUAAUGCUGGGGGAGGAUGUCAUAAGCCUGGUAAUUCAACCCCGAGUGGAUCAAGCAUUCAUAAUGGGGCUCCUUGUCAUCUUUAAUCAGAUGACAUGAUUAUUUAUUUGAAUAAUACAAUUCAAAAGAAUCAAAACAAAUGCGUGCAACAAAAGCUGUCUGCACAUUAGCUUACACCAAUCCAAAUCUUUUUUAGUGUCCUGCAUAAGAUCUUUAUCAGAGAUUUUGACACGCCACUGAUGAAUCUGUAGCGCACAUCAGUGGUAUUUUCAACAUAUAUUUUCCACUGUAAAUA